AUGCUUACAGAGCCCGCUGUACAGCCGGUUGACAAGGAGACCGACGACUCGGCUGGGCGUUCUAUCAAGCAGGAACCUGUUGACGGAUCAACCGAUCGAACCGAGGAACAACGCCUAGAGUCAGAGCGCCCAGAAACUUCGUUCGAAAGGGCUUUUAGACUUCAACAAGCCAAGGAGGAAUCAGCUAGGAAGCGGAUGCGAUACUAG